AUGGAUGACUCAUAUUUAGAUGUGACUGCUGGCUAUGUCGAUGAUUGUAAAAUAACACAAAAGCAAUUUCAUUCGUUUACACCGUAUUCAAACACGGCUUUUUCAUAUAACGAUGAAAUUAGAAUAAAUAUCCAGAAUAUGGAUUCUUAUACUUUACCGUGUGAGAGUUUCAUUUACAUUGAAGGAAAGGUACAAAAACCUCCCGAUGCUGCUGGAGACGUACGUUUUUCAAAUAAUGGAUUGGCAUUUUUAUUCUCUGAGAUGCGAUAUGAAAUAAACGGAAUAGAGAUACAAAAAUUAAAAUCACCCGGAGUGUCGUCUUGCUUAAAAGCGUUCUGCUCCUAUACUCCAAAUGAAAUGAAUACAUUAGACAACUGUGCUUGGGACUCGACAAUGGACGGUGAAGAUAAUAAAAAUUUUAUGACCGACAAUGUGUUUACCGGAUGCAUUCCUCUAAAACAUUUAUUCGGAUUUUGUGAAGAUUAUAAAAAAAUUUUACUCAAUUGCAAUCAACAACUAAUUUUAAAUCGUUCGUCUACUGAUUUGGAUGCAAUACGUGUUGUGGGUGCCGGAGCCACCGAACACGUUGAGAAUAAUAAAAAAAUUACGAUUGAACUGACUAAGGUGGCGUGGAAGAUGCCUAUUAUCAAAGUCACUGAUAAAGAAAAAUUAAAACUGUUGAAAGUAUUGGAUUCGCGCAAAACGUUAUCAUGUGCGUUCAGAACCUGGGAUCUGUGUGAAUAUCCGGUACUCCCUCGAAAUACUUCACAUUCAUGGACGAUAAAGUCUAGCAGCUUGCUUGAAAAACCUAGAUUUAUUUUGUUUGGAUUACAAACCGAUCGAAAAAAAAAUUUAGAAAACGACGCUGGACGGUUUGAUCACUGUCAGUUAAAAAAUCUUAAGGUACACUUAAAUUCUGAAGUGUUUCCAUAUGAAGACUUUCGAGCCGAUUUUGUAAAAAAUACUACCAGUUUAUUGUAUAAAGCUUAUACAGACUUUCAAAAAUCAUACUACGAGCGAGAUUAUUGUGAGCCAUUAUUAUCAAAACAUGUUUUUCAAACCUAUACUCCAAUCGUCGUCGUCGAUUUAUCACAUCAGAAUGAUAACGUUAAAUCGUCGACCAUAGACUUACGAAUAGAAUUUGAAACGGGUACAGCUAUUCCGGACAAGACUGCAGCUUAUUGUUUAAUACUACAUGACCAGAUUAUAACUUACAAUCCAUUUAGUGGAGAUGUUAGAAAAUUGUAA